CGAGAGAGACGCGCUCAAACAUGGCGCCGCGAUACGUAAAGCACGAGAAGCGCAUGAAAGAAGCACGCACUACGAAGACCGGGUAUUUCAAGGCCAAGUCACGCAAGAAGUUUCGUAUGGCACGGCGUGCCCCAGUUUCAGACUCGAAACGUACAUAUCGCGGUACAAUGCAAGCCACUCCGCUCAGUCAAUACUGUGCGGUGACUGCUACUGGGCCCUCUCGAUUACAAGGAUAGGGAAAACGGUGAAAGAGAGGGGCAUGGAAGCAAACGUCGGCCAUUUAGCUGAUUGGUGGAUCUCACUGAAGAUAAGGAGACAUGCGUUCUCAGUAAAGUAGCCACCAGACAGCUAAACCAGACGUGAUUUACCUGGAUGGAACCUGCGAAACGACGACCAGCACAGCCAAGGUAGUGGUGGACUCCAGUUCAGCCCGGCUGUCCAACAUGACAGUGACAACAAUAUUUUGAUUGAGUUGCCCACACCAGAUAUAAUCUGUCUGCUUGACAGCAGUGAUGAGGAACAGGUUGAGAC